CCUGAGACGGAGAUCAGAAGAAGGAAGCCUGAAGAGGAGGAUGGCGAGACGAAAGAGAAAGAUGACGAUGACGGGUCUGAUGAGGAUGAGGGAAUCAGAAUAUGUCGCGCAUCACUUAUGGUCAAGGAACAGCUCCCUAUUCUUCUCCUCGAUGGUCUUCCGUUUCGAAUACCCUCACGACCUUAUCGACCUUCAAGAGUACCAAGUAAUACACGUCCAGACGGCAAAGCAUCAAGCAAGCGCCCCCCAAAGCGAUCCGGCCUGGAAGAUUCUCUCUGGCAAGCCCUCGUCGAUAUCCGCCCGAUAGAGGACCUAGUCGCAGAGCUCAUCUACGAUAUGUGGCUACAGAAACUCGACUCCCUACCGCCUCUCGGAUCUGACUUCGUGGAUGUUCAGUGGACUAUCGCGCGAGCCCUUGAGACCAAUGCCGAUAUUACAAGAAGCAUGGAGCGACGAGGAGAGUUCAGUACCAUAACGUCCGCAGACUGGUCAAAUCUUGCAGAACGUUUACAAAGGCGCAUACAACUCUCUGUGACCGUUGCUCUCCAAGCACAUGCUCAGCAAGCCCAGGACGACCCCAAGGAUUCAAACUCAAGAAGUCUGGAUCGAAUAGCAUAUCUAGGAGGCCUCUUGCUGCCCCUGACAGUUGUAUCAGGGAUCCUGUCAAUCCAAAGCUCAUAUGGUCCGGAGGGUAAAUCAUUUUGGGUCUUCUGGCUUGCAUCAGGGCUUUCUUCCCUCCUCGCCAUCCUCAUCAUUUACGCAGACCAUCUGAGAACGUUGGAUGUGUGGAUGGAAGUUGCAGCAAGUGAGAUUCUGGACCUGGACCACAAUAAACGAUUCCAGGCGAAUAGAACCCCACGUCGACGAGAAUAUUAUAGCAGUGGCGAUCCCGAACGGGGAGAAGCCAAGUUGACGACAGCAUCGGAUGGAGGCGUGUAUGUUGUGCAACAUCGGGGAGAUGGAACGAGAGGCAAAGCUUGGAGGAGAGGGGAACUAGGUUGGCUUGGGGCGAUGAAGAAGAUGUCAGGAUGGUAUCGAUGGAGGGGAAGUCCAGGGAUGGAGUUCAGGAUGCCUGGUUGGGAGAGGAAGGUAAAGAACUUGGUGUGGUGAUGAGAUAUUUGUCUCCAGACUUCUCAGGAUAGACUGCACAGAGGCUAUAAAGGAC